AUGGCUCGUUUCUUUGGCGAGGAUGGUUCAAAGAAGUUGAGCCUCUCCGAAUUCAAGGCGUUUCUGAGGGAGCUUCAACAAAGGCUUUUAAUCAUGGAAUUCCUCCAUUAUGACCACAAUCACAGUGGUGUGAUUACUGGACGGGACUUCGCCCGGAGCCUCAUUGCAUCUGCAGAUGUGCGGAUCGUGGACAAUUACCUUGACAAGGUGUCUUCAAUGGAUGCGGCCCUCGGGAAUAGACGGUUCAACCAGGAGGAGUUCCUUUCAUUCUUCACGCUGGUAAACUACACCCACCUGCUGCGCACCGGGGCACGCUUCUUUCAGCAGGUCCGUGGCCCACUGGGGAAGGCCGAGUUUGCAGGGCUGGUGCAAAAGAUCUGUGGUGGGUUAGUGCUGCCAGACAGCCAGCUGGAGAUCAUCUUCCACCUGUUUGGCAGGCCGUGUGGAACGCUGGACAUCAAUGCAUUCUUGGACUGCCUGGCGAGGCGACGGAGGGCUAACAUGCUUGAGUGGGCGCAUGCAGACGGAGCUGAUUCAGGGUCUGGCCAGCUGUCGGUACUUCGGUGUCUGCAAGACUGCAUGAUGGGUUGA